AUGCAUCUAGGAACUCUCCUCUCCCUGGCCGUCGUUGCCGUUGGGGCUGCCGUUCCCAAUGGCCAGACCCUCUCACUCAAUGGCAUUCCCUACUACCUCAGCGGGAUUCCUGUGUCUACCCUGCAGGGACACAACUCCUCUCUAUUCGACCAGUCCUUGACGGAGGGGAUUGACAUCGUUCCGCUCACGGUUAUUCCUGUCUCUCCUUCCACUCAGAUCAGUUCUCUGCUAUCCGAUUUCAGCACACGCGAUGAUGUCUUUCAAUCUGAAUUCUUGCGGACGGUUCUCCUUACCCCAAUCUCUAAUGAUACCAGAAGCAUUUCGAUCAGCGAGUAUGCUUCCAAGUUAAAAUCGGAGGGAACGAAACUUCUCUUGACAGGGCCUGGUCUUGCUGCCACCUCUGAUAGUGUGAUAUCCGUUAGCGCGAGCAAGGCUCUUCCUACCGGCCCAUACUUUGUGUCUGCGUCCACUGGAAAGGUGUUCCGGGCAUACCGACUAUACCCCGACGACAACGUUGCUUUUAUCCAGGCUGCCAUCAGCGAUGAAGACGGUGGUUUUCUACCCCUGUCAGCUAUCACGGAAAACGCCAUGACCAAAGAUGUGGCUGUGCCGUCUCGUCUGUACUACACACCAACUCCCAAGCAGCCCUUAGCGGGACUGCGACUGGGCGUCAAGGACAUUUUCCAUGUGGAGGGUCUCAAGACCAGCGGCGGAAGUCGAUCCUACUAUUAUCUAUACGGAACUCAGAAUGUCACGGCACCAUCUAUUCAACGGCUAGUUGAUCUGGGUGCCAUCUUUGUGGGCAAGACCGGUACGGUGCAAUUUGCCAACGGUGACCGACCUACAGCCGACUGGGUGGAUUUCCACUGCCCCUUCAACCCCCGUGGUGACGGAUAUCAGGCCCCCAGCGGCUCCUCGUCCGGCUCUGGUGCCGCAAUUGCGGCCUACUCGUGGCUCGACAUCACGGUUGGAAGCGACACUGGCGGUUCCGUGCGCUCUCCUGCCUCCGUGCAGGGAGUCUACGGUAAUCGUCCCUCCACGGGUGCCAUCUCUCUCGAGCACGUACUGCCUCUCUCCCCCGAACUCGACACGGCCGGUGUUUUCGCUCGCACUCCCGCCCUCUGGUCUCAAGUGACUCGCGCAUGGUAUCCCCAUUUCCGGCACAACUACACCUCCUUGCCUCGCAACUUCUACCUCGGCGGCGACGGCUGGGACGGGGAGGACAUGACCCCCGAAGCUCACAGCCUCCUCAACACGUUCGUUCAGCAGGUCGAGAAAUUUCUCAAAACCAACCACACUACCAUUGACCUCUCUCGGCGCUGGAACCAAACCCACUCCUCCUCCACUCCCAGUCUCGAUGACCUCCUCGACCUCACCUACGCCACCAUCACCUCCGUCGACCAAUACAACCACCUCGCCACUCCUCUCUUCGCCGACUACGCCGCCGCCAACGGCGGCCGUCAACCCUUCAUCAACCCGGGCCCUCUCGCCCGGUGGAACUGGGGCCAGUCGAACGGCGGCAACGCCUCCUACGAAGUCGCCCUGCGCAACAUGACGCAGUUCCGUACUUGGUGGGAGAAAGAUGGCUACGGGCGCUCAGACGCCGAUUCCUGCUCCGAGGGUCUCUUUGUUACCAUCUACUCGGCCGGCGAGACUGACUACCGCAAUGAGUACUUCGAGUCUCCCGGGCCGCCGCCACUGGGUUUCUCGCUCGGGCGCAUCGCUGUCUUCUCAGGUUCUCCGGAAGUUGUGGUUCCCUUGGGCGAGUCCCCGUACAACAGUACGAUCUCAUUGAAGACGGAGUAUUUGCCUGUGAGCGUGGCGUUGCAGAUGGCGAGAGGAUGUGAUCAUGUUUUGGCAGAUUUGGUGGCGGGUUUGGGCAAGGAGGGGAUUUUGAAGGAUGUAGGAACCGGGUCGAGAUUGUAUUCGAAGGGUAUUUAG